AAGAAAGAAAAAGUCCAAGAAAGAAAAAGAGAGAAGCCAAUCAAGCCCUACUAUUUAUCAUCUGCACUUGCUCACCUCUUUCCUCUGGUCCUUCUUCUCUCCUUCCUGGAACCAGCCACGCCAAUAUCUCCAUCUAAAUAUAGACCUACCCAACAACAUAAACACAUAUAGAGAGCUAGAGAGAGAAAAUCUAGAGAGAGAGAGAGUGAGAACUAAAGAUGGGGAACUGCUGGCCAACUCCACCGGUAGAUCAUAGUUCUAGCCCAGACACCUCCAAAGAUUCAAGCCCAUCAACUACUAAUGGAGACAAGUCAAAGAGGACAAAACCCAACACUCACAGCGGCGAAACCAGCUUGUCCAUGGUGUCUGCCCGAAGCACAAACGGAAGUGUGUCCACGACGACGUCUGCCGGAAGUAAAAGUUCUGCGGUCCAGGAGGUGCCUGCCAGUGGCCAAAUCAUGACACCCAACUUGAAAAUGUUCCGGUUCGCCGAACUCAAGAGCGCAACUAGGAAUUUUAGACCGGACACGGUGCUGGGGGAGGGAGGCUUUGGAAGGGUUUUCAAAGGCUGGAUCGACCACAAAACCUAUGCACCGUCCAAAGUCGGAGUCGGAAUCGCCGUCGCCGUCAAAAAGUCCAGUCCAGACAGCGAGCAAGGCCUCAAAGAGUGGCAGGCGGAAGUGAAAUUCUUGGGAAAAUUUAGCCAUCCCAAUCUUGUUAGGCUGUUGGGGUACUGUUGGGAAGACAGAGAAUUCCUCCUCGUCUACGAAUACAUGCAGAGGGGGAGCUUAGAGAGCCACCUUUUUAAAAAGGCUGCAGAACCUCUUACAUGGGAAACAAGGCUUAAGAUAGCCAUAGGAGCAGCGAAAGGACUUGAUUUUUUGCACACAACUGAGAAGUGCGUCAUAUAUCGAGACUUCAAGGCAUCUAACAUAUUGCUGGAUUGGGAUUUCAACGCAAAGCUUUCGGAUUUUGGGCUAGCAAAGUUAGGUCCAUCAAAUGGCGACUCUCACGUAACAACGGGAAUUGUGGGCACUUAUGGUUAUGCGGCUCCCGAGUACAUAGCCACCGGUCAUUUAUACGUGAAGAGUGAUGUGUACGGUUUUGGAGUGGUGCUUCUCGAAAUUAUAACAGGAGAACGGGUGCUGGAUCUUGAUCGGCCCAAUGGGCGGCACAAUUUGGUGGAGUGGACCAGGCCUUUCCUAGUUGAUAAAAAGAGGGUUAGGAGAAUAAUGGACCCAAAUUUGGAGAACCAGUACCCUCCGAAAGCCGCAAUCCAAGCAGCUGAACUUAUUCUAAAUUGUCUCGAAUCAGACCCAAAGAACCGGCCCUCCAUGGAAGAAGUUCUACAGAGUUUGGAGGAGAUCAAUGCCAUCAAGAUGAAACCAAAAGACUCCAAGUCCAAUGCUAGACAUCCUUCGGCCCAACGACGUGAACAGCCCGUGAAUUACCGACAUCACGAUCACCACCGGUCUCCGCUUCAACACCACCAUGGUGGCACCGGGGCUGGGGCUGGGGCUGGAGCCGGAGUUCGGGCCCAUCAACGCUCACCCAUGACUAGGCCUCACUGAAACAAUUUCCCACUUUUUACUGAGAUGGAAUGAUACAAGUCCAAUGUGAUGGUGCUGAAAAACCCAAUUCAACAGCCCAAUUAGGUGGAUCCACAAUCCGCGUCUUUUUGUCCAACGAGUUGCUGCUGAUCUGGUCAAGAUAUCACUUUUUCUCUCUCUAGGAAAGAAGUCAAACCCUUGUAAUAUUGACUUUGGGCGAUGGUUUUUUUUAGUGUUCAAUUGCUGCGAGACCCGUCAACGUGUCUUUUAGAUAUGUUUAAUUAUUUGAAAAUAGAGUACCAUAAAUAAUCACAUUUCUUCCUAGUUCAUGUAAAAUACCAAAUUAAAACUUAUAACUAAGAAAAAUUAUUCAUUACAA